AUGCUUUUCGUGGCUGCUUUCCUCGUCAGCCUGCUGGUGCUGCCCCGGGCGGUUAUGGACCCCUGCCAGUCUGGUGAACUUCAAGUGGUUUCCUUCCCGACGCUGGUCAUCCUGCCACUCUGGCUGCUGGGGCUCCUGUUCUCUGGACGCCUAUCAUGCUUGCUCCUUCGGACAUUCAGGCCGGUCUCCGCAAUAGCGAUGGAUGAGGACAAACCGAGCCCUGUGUCUCCGGAAAGCGUCGGUGGCAUGGAAGUUGGAAUUGAGAUGUCCGAACUGAACCGUGUGGAAGGCGCCACGCCUCAAAACCUGAACAUCAUGGCCGAUCAAGGCAAGGAGCAUCUCCAGUAUGCCCUCAAUCACAAGCGAGCUAGUGUGAUCGUUCUGGCAAUGCUUUUCCUAAUCUGUGCCAAUGCGGCCGCACUGCUAUUCCUGCAAUCCUACGAGGCAUGGCAACAGUCCAUUGAUGAUCGUUGGGGUUUCCUUCUACAGCCGGAGCCAAAUGCAGAAGGCGCUGCUGUUGCAGCGGUAUGGCUUGGAGAGUUUGGGACGGUGCGUGUCUCAAGACAGCGGCCAGCACAUGCAGCAGUGAUCCCCAGGAAAUGA